AUGAUGAUUUUUUCAUUUUUAGUGACGUUUUUCAUACUUGGUGCCCAGGUGUUGGGAGAAAACAUGAAGGAGUUGGUUGGUACAUGGUCGUCCAAAUCGAAUACAGUGUUUACAGGACCAGGGUUUUAUGACCCAGUGUCUGAAUUGUUGAUCGAGCCAGAUUUGCCAGGAAUUUCGUACUCUUUUACGGAAGAUGGCCACUACGAGGAGGCAUUAUACAGAGUAACAUCGAAUCCAAAGAAUCACUCGUGCCCUACAGCUACUUUGAUUUACCAACACGGAACAUACGAAAUAAAGAGUAACGGGUCGUUAUUCAUGACCCCUAUUGCUGUGGAUGGAAGACAGUUGUUGAGUGAUCCAUGCGGUGUGGAUACUGAGAACGAUGCCUCGCUCUACUCGAGGUACGUACAAAAGACCUGGUUCAAGAAGUUCCAGGUCAUGGUUGACUCCUACAACGGAAGACGUAAGUUACAAAUCUACCAAUUUGAUGGUUCCCCAAUGCAGCCAUUGUACUUGGCCUACAAGCCUCCAAUGAUGUUACCAACCAGUGCGUUGAACCCAACUGACUCGGCUUCCGAGACCAAGUCCUCCUUAAGAAAGAGAAUCAAGAGAUCUUUAGAGAACCAAUACAGAACCAAUGCUAGGAUUGAAACCUCGUCUGCUAAGUACGAGUUCUGGUGGUGGACUGCUAUUGCCGGAAUUGGUCUUGGAUCAGCUGUUAUUUUCUUACAUUAA